GUAAAUAGGUUCUCGAAAAGCAAUGAUAAUGUAGGUGUUAAAGUUACAAAAAUAGCACAAAAGACAUGGAUAGUGAUUACAAAGAGCUUUUGGUGAAGAUUGCGCGCGAAAUCAAGCGUGAGGAUUUGGAAACGAUGAGAUUUUUGUGCGAUUUUCUACCAGAAGCAAAUUCCAUUCCCCAAACUGCAAGUCAGAGCGACGUUUACAUAGAAGCGCUAAACUUUUUUCGUGAGCUGGAGAAUGCGCAAAAGGUUAGUCACGAAAAUUUGGAAUAUCUAAAACGAUUGCUGGGGAAGGCAAAGCGAGACGAUCUUGCUUCAAAAGUGGAAGACUUUGUCAGUGACUCCCGGUGUACAAGCUUCUCUAGGGAACCAGCGUCGUGCGAAGCAGUUCGUUCAGAACCAAAGAUUGAGCCAAGUGAAGGGAGUUGGACGGAUGACAGAACAAAAGCACAGAAUAGGAGAAGGGAAAAGAGGAGAAGAUACAAACAAAGAAGACGAGAAAGACAAGGAAAACAUGCUGAGACUGGGGUGGUUGUCAAAGAAGAGCAAGUUCAUGAAGAUCGAACUGCUGAACACAACAAUCAGAGUCAGAGGACAGAAAACCAAAGUGAUGGGAAUGAAAAUCAGAAGUUUGAUGAAUGGCCCUCCCUAGAUCAAACUAGUCUAUCUAACUUCUCAGAUACUAUGACAGCAAUGAAAGAAUCAGGAUAUCACACCAAAUCAUUGACAGAGCAGCAAAAGUCUUUACCAGGGCAAAAUGGGAUUUCCAAGGAAAGCUUACCAACUACACACACAUCUAGGGAAACAGUACUGAUUGAGAUCACAAGGCCAGUUGUACACAAGGACCCAAUGCCAGUCUUUCGCAAAGACUUAAAGAAUGAUGUACCUAGGCCUGCUGCUAACAAGGACCCAAAGAAUGAUGUGUCAAGUGCAGCCUCUCAGAAGGACCCAAAGACUGAUUUGCAAAAAUCGAAACCAUCCCAAGAUGUAAAGAGUGAUGAGGCAAAGGCAGACAUCUACAAUAAGCGAAGUAGCGAUGUGGAAAUACCGAUGUAUAAUAACCUAUCAAAUAUCAGUAAUGAAGAAACAUUCCAAAUCUCUAACAACGCAAUAAAACCAAACACAUCAAAAAAUUAUUUUCCAUCGCUAAAGAACGAGAUAUUAAAGCAAAGGAAUGAGGAUGUAAAAUCGAGCUCGUCAUCAACAAGAGCAAAAGAUAAUCACCAGCUGAUUGCUUUAUCUAAACCACGAGAUGACCGACCUAGCCCAAGUCUUCAAGAACCAACAAAAUGUAUUUCAUUGCAGACAAGUGAUAUGGGCUAUAAGACAGUGAACGAGUCUGCAAGUGGCACAUCUCAGAAUCGGCCAAUCGUAACUGAAAUUCAAGAUCAACCAAGGUGCAUCCUCUUUUUGUGCGACAAGUGGCAUUCUUGGGGGGAAAGCAUACCAGUGUUUAAUCGUGAGCUGUGCUUUGCAUUAGCACGUGCUGGCCAUCAUGUGGCUUGUCUAGUUUUAUCAUCUUCAGAUAUCGAAAGAGAAGAAGCUCGGAAAGAAUGCGUAGAGUUGAUAACGUGUUGCGAAAAGUCAGGAAUAAACAAUGGAGACACACAGCUUUUCCAAUUUCACGAUCUUGGAUCACUUCCUUUCACUCCAGAUGUUGUAGUUGGACAUGGCAAGAUCACCGGUCCUGCAGCUGUCUUCUAUUCCGAGAAAAUAUUUUGCCCAAGACUACAUGUUAUUCAUGAUCUUCCAGAUGAGUGCCUAAAGUAUGAUGAAAUUAUUGAUAAACAGUGCAAAGAGGAGGACUUGGCCAGGACUGCAGAUUUUGUCGCUGCAAUAGGAACACUUCUACAUGAAAAGUGGAGUACUCUUCUUAACCGUGAUGAUCUAAUUGAAAUSAUUCCUGGGCUUCCAAAAUUGGACACCAGAAACCGAAUCUCCUCACCUCAAAAUCGGUAUUUCGUACCCGCCAAAUUUUGUUCCCCGUGGUCGAGUGGCUUAAGAAUCGCUAUUUUGGCUGUUAACAAUUCCAGCAGACGCGACAAUCUUCCCAGAAAGGCAACACUUAUGCCAAGGAAUACAGAAUCAAAGGGGUCGAUAAAGUCCUCAGAAANCGCGAAUAUUACAAUGAACGAGUCUGCAAGUGGCACAUCUCAGAAUCGGGCAAUUGUCAGUGGUGUCACUGAUUUGACAUUUAAAACAGAAAUUCAAGAUCAACCAAGGUGCAUCCUCUUUUUGUGCGACAAGUGGCAUUCUUGGGGGGAAAGCAUACCAGUGUUUAAUCGUGAGCUGUGCUUUGCAUUAGCACGUGCUGGCCAUCAUGUGGCUUGUCUAGUUUUAUCAUCUUCAGACAUCGAAAGAGAAGAAGCUCGGAAAGAAUGCGUAGAGUUGAUAACGUGUUGCGARAAGUCAGGAAUAAACAAUGGAGACACACAGCUUUUCCAAUUUCACGAUCUUGGAUCACUUCCUUUCACUCCAGAUGUUGUAGUUGGACAUGGCAAGAUCACCGGUCCUGCAGCUGUCUUCUAUUCCGAGAAAAUAUUUUGCCCAAGACUACAUGUUAUUCAUGAUCUUCCAGAUGAGUGCCUAAAGUAUGAYGAAAUUAUUGAUAAACAGUGCAAAGAGGAGGACUUGGCCAGGACUGCAGAUUUUGUCGCUGCAAUAGGAACACUUCUACAUGAAAAGUGGAGUACUCUUCUUAACCGUGAUGAUCUAAUUGAAAUSAUUCCUGGGCUUCCAAAAUUGGACACCAGAAACCGAAUCUCCUCACCUCAAAAUCGGUAUUUCGUACCCGCCAAAUUUUGUUCCCCGUGGUCGAGUGGCUUAAGAAUCGCUAUUUUGGCUGUUAACAAUUCCAGCAGACGCGACAAUCUUCCYAGAAAGGCAACMCUUAUGCCAAGGAAUACAGAAUCAAAGGGGUCGAUAAAGUCCUCAGAAAGGCUGCUAAAAGAACAUGACAAAAGUUGUGUAGAGCUUAAUCGUAAAGAYCUUGCUGAGAGGAAACAAGCCCUGGUAGAUCUUCAAGGAGCCACGUUGUUUUUAUCGCCAGCCAGARCGGAAGCAUUUGGUGUAAGUGCUUUAGAUGCAAUAGCUAUAGGAAUACCAAUCGUUAUCAGUUCACGGAGUGGUCUCGCGUAUACCAUCCACAAAUAUCUCAAUGAAGAAUUCCACGCCUGUAUAAAAGAGGUUUCUUCAGAAUGUUCAGGGAAAAUUGACGACGAAARUGAAGAUACAGAUGCAGACGUGUGGGCAAAUGAAAUUGAUAAAGCCUCCAUGAAACGUGACAAAGCUUUCACAGGUGCUGAAGCUUUGAGGUCAGAAUGGAACGAGCGGUUUACUUGGGAGAAAGCAGCAAAACAUCUUAUGGACGUCAUCACCAGAUCUGGUAAACUAUCUUCAACUUCAUCAUCAAGCAUUUCGACUGCCAKUGUCAAUAAACGCAUCUCAGAUCCCACGCUAGCUCUUGUAGAUCGCUUGAAUUUAUUUAACAAGCGACAAAAGUUCGUCUUAUUCCUAUCACCAGCUAAGCAGCUCCCUCCCGAAGUGCCUUMUCUUGGAUUGGUUCAGUGGGCGGCGGUGUUUGAUUUUGCUCGAGAAGAAAGUGAACAAAACAGCUAUUUGAAAWGCUGUGAACACUUUCUGGMAAAYAUUGGUAGACCAGYAUGCAGAUUGUACCCACCAUCUGAGGAAGAAGCUAGGAAGCAAAGACAGAUCGUAAAUUUACCCAAUGGAACGCCAUGGAUUYUACUUCAAGGCAGUUUGCCAGACAUGCCCAGAGACGUCGAAGAGAACCUUGACUGGAUUCAAGAAAUUUUGAAUCAAAUGAAAAAGAGACAUCCCUGUCCUCUGACACUUCUGAUUGUAUGGGAAUCUAUUAAAGAGUUCAGAAGUCUCUGCAGAAAGCUCUUCAAAGUUCUUACCGUUAUCCAGGCAUUACCUUCGUGGAAAAACGCAAUCGAUGUUGUAAUUGUUUCUACUACAARUGAUAUCGAUAGCAGACUCGAGGAUAUUGCAGACGAAUUUCACAUCAAGGUGAAUGCAGUUAAUCUUUCAGAAUUUUGCAGAUCUAUCCAGAGAACGGCCAUUGGUAACCCAUGGUAUGACCUAAAUACUGAUUUUUCGCUUCCGAAAUUGGAUCCYAGUUCUGAAAAAGUUCUUCCAGCAGCUUUACCAGAUUCCAUAAGAUGGGUUGACUCGGUUUUCGAACUUCUCUACACAACUGUAGGAAGCACGCCAGAAUUUGGUAAAGAAGAUGCCUUUUACUUUUUCAGAGGAGGUCAAAUCUCSUGGUACGGAAUAGAGAUGGAUUACGUUGUAAAGAGAGAAUCAUGGGUGCCCAUAAAGAAAGCCAUUGAAAGCGAAUUGGAAUACUCAGGAGCGGCAUUUUUAACGCUUUUCCAUCAACGUGGAACUGGGGGAACGACUUCAGCCAGAAAACUUCUGUACGAUUUCCAUCUAAGAUAUCCUUGCRUUUGCCUGAAGAGCAUCAAUUAUGACACAAUUUCAGCGAUUAAAGUCAUAUGGGAGUUUUGUGGACUUCCAGUUUUGAUAUUAGCCGAUAUUAAAGAUGUUCCCGGUGCAGUCACGAACGAUGUAGAAGCUCUUUAUGGCAGUCUCUCGAAUGAUAAAGUUUCCUGCCUGAUUCUUCACGUUGUUCAUCGGCAGAAUUAUGCUACACAAAGUAGAAGUGAGCAGAGUCAAAAAGAGCCACUUGUUUUGGCAAAAACACUUAACCCUCGUGAACGAGAAGACUUUUAUGAGGCCUACAGUCUUCACAGCGAAACAAAGAGGCCACRUCUCCAUAGGCUUCGGAACUCGGUGAACGAGGAGCUGCUGCAAAUCCCGUUCUAUUACGGACUUGUCGCAUUUGGAGAGGAAUUCAAGGGGCUAGAGCCUUUUGUAAAGGAUUCCUUGCAAGGAUUGAAUGAAAACCAGAGGCAGGCAUUGUGUUUUGUCAGCAUGGCUUACCACUAUGCACAAGUUCAAAUACCCCYUUCAGCACUUGCCGCUAUAUUCAAUCUCAAACCACGCCAGCUCGACUCAAUUGAUGACAUUCUGACUGCAGAUGCCAAGGWGCUCCUUAUCGAAGAUGGAUAUGGAURCUGGAGGCCUCGCCAUUACACCAUUGGGAAAGAAAUAAUCUGCCAGAUUUUGACAUUCCCUUUUAAGAUCAGCAAACUUAACUGGAAAAGUCACCUUGCCGACAAAGUUAUUGAAUUCAUUGACUUUAUGGACGAAGAUUUGGUCACUGCUAUACUUCUAAAUCGUAUUUCUGACGAAAAUACAUUUAAGCRGUUUUCCUCCUUGAUAGAAGAUAUACCCGAUGGACAGGAUGUGAUCAGGGUCUUYCAUAAAGCCAUUAAGAUUCAUCCAGGAAAUCCCUUCUUCAAAGCACAUCUUGGUCGCUACUACAGCGUAGUCAUGGGCAUUGAUGGUUUUGACGAUGCUCGUAAGUACACAGAUGAAGGAAUCCUUCUUGCCUCAGMCUAUUCCCAAAAUGUUCGUAGCCAGCUAACCCAAAUGAAGGGAAUAGUGUACAAGAGACAAGUCAGAAACAAAAUCGAACGACAGGCGCCUCUGCUAGAGAUUAUACCAUUCGCACAAGAAGGAGUAUCGGCUUUUACACGUGCGGUGAGCAUUUCUACAGAAAAUCUAGAGGGAGCUUUUAUACCACAAGUUAGAAUGAUGUGUGACAUCUUCAAGUACGUCAACCGUUUCUUCAGAGGAGGGAUCUAUGYUUAUAUGCUCUCGRAGGAUGCYAAUCCCUUCAUACGUGAUGGCAUUUCAGAAACUUCGGAUGUUUUAGAGAUGGUCACAGAAAGCAGGUACUAUCCUGACUUAAGAAGAGAACUAUUCCAACUAGGGGGGCACCAYCGAAGGUCAGAGAACAAAGAAGAUUUGAUUGAAUAUUUCAAAGAGUUGAAGAAAACAAACAAGACCAGCACCGCCUCCGUUAAUCGUCAGAUUGUUCUUAUUGAAUUAGAGAUCUGCAAGGAAAAAAACAAACCAAUUUCUAACAUUGCUGAUGAGAUGAUAAAACUCCUUGGAGAAGCUCUGAARUAUGAUGAAAAGAUUGACCUCACAAUGCGCCUKUGGGUGAAAGUGGCACCACACAUYCCUGAAACACUGAUGUCUGCWGAGAGCAAGAUAAAUACUUGGUGCAAUAAAGGAAAGUCGGUCACAUCCUACCUUUACCGCCACAUCUUUACCUGCAUUCGCAUACUUGAAGGUGGCCGAGACCAACAAUUUGAAGAUGAUAUGUUGAUAGCUCGGGAAGAGCUUCAUAAGGCCGUCGCUGCAGCCAAACGUUAUAUUAGGCAUCCUGAUCGUCCCGUAGUGUUUCUAGGGACUAAAAAAGGCAUGGGUCAGCUUGUKUCUCCAGAGCCAGAAACGGUGAAGUCGGUCAGGAAGCAGCGGAUAAUACCUGAAGGUUAUGAAGAACAAUUGCGACACCUUACAGGUACCAUCACAGAGCUCACGAAAAAGGUUGGAGAAAUCAAAGCUCAAGGAUUGACCAUCUCAUUUCGAGCCGAUUUAUGCCAGCCACCACUCGUYGGAGCAUCAAAAUUGGGAAAGAAGGUUAAAUUCUAUCUUGCCUUCAAUUACUUUGGCGCAGAUGCUUACAACGUCAGAAUCACGAAAGGUUGUUUAGAUUGAAUUAUCAGUUUAGUUAGGUAGUUGUUUAGGUUAAGCCUUUUCUCAAGAGAUAUUAUUUUCUAUAUUAUGUUUUGUAAUUGCAAAAACGGCAUAGAGAAGUAGAACAUUUUAUAUUAGUAAAAAGGAACAUCUAAAAAAAUGUUAAAGGCCCACGUCCAUCCAAAAACCUUUGCGUUCGCCUCUGUUUAACAAGUGAUCUCUUGAUGAAAGGCGCUUUCAAUUAGUUCAAAAUCAAAGAUGGCGAAUCUUCGCGCAAAGGCUUUUGGAUGCACAUGGAUCUUUUAAUGUAUUCCUUCAUCUUUGCAAUUAGGUGUACAUGUUAACAAAUAUUAAGAUACUAAGAAAUAGUAUUUAUUAAUUUUACAUAAACGUUUUGCGCAUUAGGUAUUUUUCAUGCAGUAAGCAUAUCAAAUCAGCAAAAUUGUACAAUGUAGCAGGGAUGAAGCCAGGGCAAUGUUUGGAACGUACACAAAAACAAAAUUAUGAAUGUGAUCGUUUUAACAGUUUUCAAUCGUGUAUCAAAAUUACCACCUCGAGGCGCAGAAAGGUUUUUUCUUUGUCGUUGUUGUUUCUAGAAGACCUUUAAUUACACCAGUGCUUGUGAAUWUUUCCUCCAGGUACUGCAUCCUUCCCAUCAAAUGUUCCUUCUGUUUCUCUAAGUGCAUUAUGCCUUUGGYGGGGAGGCGAUCGUGCACAGUCUGUGUUCCCCUUGGCUACGGACCUGCAAAGCAAUCGCAUGUUUUACAAUCUAUGCUACUUUGGUUCUUGGCAAUCUCAGUCUUUGUGACACAAUUGCAAAUAAUGUCGUAAGAUCGACGUAUGUUGAAAACUGCAUKUUGAGCCCUGGCAAGAACGGAUUGUUUUAUCUCCAAUGCAAAAAUUCACCCCGAGGCACCUUACAUCAUCAAAUAUGGKGAUCAUCAAACAAAUUCUUCGGUGGUAAAACGUAUUCAAAUUCCAUCCAACAUKUUUGAAGGUCCAUCCAACACCACUAAACAAAUCUGAAAUUUUCAAUUUGUUUAUGACUUUUUUACAAUUGGGGAUCGUAUUAAAUAAAUAGUGUAAAUUGUCACUUACGAAAACUUUGGUUGAUAUAAUUAAUGUAUAUUACUG